GCAUUUUCGAAAAUCCUCAGUCACCCCGCAACCGCUGGAAACAUGUUAGCGGUCCGCUAGCAAUAGCGCGAACGGCGAGAUGGCCUUUUGAUCAGCGUCCCUUCUCUUCCCUGUUGUUUAAUCACUCUCCUUGACACGAUAUGAUUGUCCGAGGAUGGAAGCAGACGACGUGUCAGUCAGGGAGCAGAUGUUCCACGACCGAGUCCGGGAGAUCAUUAUUUGCAUCCUGCUCUUCGUCUGCCUCUACAUCGUCUCCCACCUUAUCAUCACACACUUCAAGAAGAGCGCAGAGUUUGUCGCGGAUGACAGUGAAGAUGCCAUGGUGAACAGGAUUGCGCUUUGGCUGUGCACCUUCACGCUCUCCGUCGCCGUGGGCGCCGUCCUCCUGCUGCCCUUGUCCAUCCUGUCCAAUGAGGUCCUGCUCUCGUUUCCGCACAGCUACUACAUGCAGUGGCUCAACGGCUCACUCAUCCACGGGCUGUGGAAUCUCGUCUUCCUCUUCUCUAACCUCUCCUUGGUGGUCCUCAUGCCCUUUACCUACUUCUUCACCGAGUCCGAAGGCUUCGCUGGCUCCAAGAAGGGCGUGAUGGCACGGGUCUACGAGACUGCUGUGGUGCUGCUUCUGCUCACGCUGCUGGUGCUCGGCAUAGUGUGGGUGGCCACGGCCCUCCUACACCAAGACGCAGCCCGGGAGAGUCUGUACGACCUGUGGGAGUAUUACCUGCCGUACCUUUAUUCAGGCAUCUCGCUGUGUGGGGUCCUGCUGCUGCUCUUGUGCACCCCCUUCGGACUGUCCCGCAUGUUCAGCGUCACUGGAAGCCUACUGGUCAAACCACGACUCCUAGAGGAUGUGGAGGAUCCCAUGAACUGUGCUCGGCUGGAAGAGGCCUCUCUCUCCAGAAAGCUCUCCAACAGCCCCGGCUCGACCUGGACGGCGCUGAACAUGGAGGCUGUGAGAAGGGAGCUGUUUAGCACCCGCUCUAGGCGUGUCGCUCUGGAGAUGCGAAGGCGUGCAUCGCCAUGGCAGCGUAACUUGGGUUACCCUCUGGCCAUGCUGCUGCUGUUGGCUCUCACGGUGGUGUGUGUGCUGAUGGUUAGUUUCCACGUAUUGGAGCUGCUCUUCGACGAAUCUGCCAUGCCCAGAGGAAUGGAGGACCCCCUCCUGGGAGCAGCCUCCUUCUCCAUGUUUGGAUCUCUGGGAGCCACAGUUCAGGCUGUCCUAAUCCUGUAUCUGAUGUUGUCGUCGGUGGUGGGCUUUUAUAGCUCCCCCCUCUUCACGGGACUCCUCCCCCACGCUCAGGACACCACUCUAACACAGAUCAUCGGGAACUGUGUGUCCCUGCUAGUUCUCAGCUCAGCACUGCCAGUCUUCUCCCGGACUCUGGGAAUCACACGGUUUGACCUGCUGGGGGACUUCGGACGCUAUAACUGGCUGGGAAAUUUCUAUAUCGUGUUCUUGUACAACAUGCUGUUUGCGGGGCUAACCUCCGCCUCCCUCAUCAACACAGUAACCUGGGCCGUGCAGAGGGAGCUCAUUCGGGCCUUUGGUCUCCACAAGCUUCAGAAACUGCCCUUGACAGUGUCGCGCUCCACAGUCCCCUUCAAGCUCCUCGUCACCAGCGGGUUGUCCAAGAUCCAGUGAUCUGUCGCGUCGGAGCAUCGUCGAGGUC